GAGAGGGCUGGCAAUGCUGCCUUUCUUCUUAUUGGCCUGGGUCUUGAGGCUCACACAAGCUUUUGCUUCAGCUCAUGAUCCUCUGCAGAACGAAGCAGCUGCGAAUUCCAUGUCAGGGACAGGAAACUUGGAUCGUGGAGGGAAUUUGAGCUUGCUUACUGGUUUAGCCAUUCCUUAUACCGAGGACGUUUUUUCUGAACAGGAUUACUUUUCAACAAAUGGAAAAGGUGAACUUUCUAAGAUUGCUGAUUAUUCUGCAGAUCAACAGCUGCAGUCUCUUGAUCCUGUGUUUGCUGAGACUGAAUCUGAUGCUGCAAACUAUGGGCUUUUUGAUUUCAGCCAGCAUUAUAGGUAUGAUGAGGAUGCACUUGAACAGCCUAUCUUUUCCAAUCCAGAGACUGACUUAAAUUCUGAUUUGACCAAGAACUCUGUCCCUUUAGUUGCUACUGAUUACCCUGUGGCUUCAGAAUCUGAAGGUGAUGUGGAACAUGUACACUUUACUGAUCAGAGUAAUGACCCUGAUGUUGACUUCCCUGAAGUCUUUGCAUAUGCUAAUUUAGUUACUUCAGCUAAAGAGAAUGUGUCCAAUACUCUAGCGACAGAAAUGCAUAUAGGUGAACUUGGCAAUGAAGAGUUUGACAAAUAUACAUCUGGUACCUACUCUGAAACCUUAGGCUAUGAUUUUGCCUCGUUUUUUGCUCUUUCAAAGGAAGGUAGUGAUUCUUUGCCCCCUGAAGAUGUAGUUACUGGUGACCUUACUGGAGUGCAUGCAGCUUUUGACUGCUCUGUGCUUACUGAUAUAAAUCUGGAAUUGUAUGAAGCUGUCAAGAUUACCAGUGCACGCAAGUUUCCUAAUCUCUCCAGAGGUCGCGUAUUGCCAAGCAGCGUCUAUGAUGCCUCUAUAGGACCCUACGGUGUCUUCAAUCUACCUAUUGAGAUCCCAGGAAACCCUCCUCACUGUAGCACAGCGGCACUGGCAGAUCCUUCUCCAAAAAGUGAAAGCGGGCCAACCUCUCUGGUUUCGGCAACUACAUGCGGUGUUACAGAAAUGACCAUCAAAUUGUUUGGUGGAAGGCUGACAGACCUCAAAGUGCGAGUCUCCUUUAUACUUGUUGAAGUAAACAAGAUUAUGCAGAGGUGCAGGUACAAGGUGUUGGAGAAAAAUGGAGUUGUCCGCUUUACAACUGACUUCAAAGGUUGCAAUGUGAAAGAACUGGGUGGGCAAUAUGUCUUGACCCUGAUGUGGAGAAACAAAUAUGUGAAUAUGUCCUGUCCAAUUCCCACACCUGAUAGACCUAUUACAAUCUGUGGUGACAGAAGCAUGACCAUCAAACUCCCAGCUGGACCAAUAGAAGCACUUCGUGUAAAAGAUAAAUUCAACAAAUGGGUAUCCAUUCACAAAGUUGCUGUUCAAUGCAAAUAUCAACUGUUGAGUGAUUCAGAGGGAAGGAUCACUUUCACUACUUCAUACAAUGGAUGUCACGUGAGGAGACUGAUGGAUCGUUAUUUCUAUAACCUCUACUAUCAGAUUGCUCCAGGGAAGCUAGGACAGACACUCAUGUCUUGUAGGACCGGAGUUAAUGUUGCAGUCCCACCUGAAGAGUCUUUGCCGUCUGUGUUUUGUGCCAAGUCUGGCAUGAUAAUCAGAUUGCCUAAGGGAAGUCUUAACGCAGUCAAAGUGAGAGACGCUCCCCCAGCCCAGUCUGGAGGCGUCCGUAGUGACAACUUCUGUUCUGUGGGGGAAGCCGAGGCGCAGGUUGCCAGGGCAGAGCCACGACUCCAGUGUCUUUCGGCAUUGUCUGGAAACUCACACCAGCUGGUGUCGAUCGCGGACCGGACUAAAAACUAUGUCUUGAAUGUACGCUACAUGAGGAUGGGAAGUGUAUUCUUUGUGAAUAUGAGAUGCCCAGUAACAGAAGCCACUACAGGAAAGCCAACAAAACCGUCUGUAGUCUGCAGAAACAACAGUAUGAUGGUGGAACUGCCCGAGGGAUCGCUGAAGCCAGUGCAGGUCAUUGGAGAGCUAGGAGAAGUGCUGGGGGCGAGACGAAGCCCACGCACGGUGCUGGGGGCGAGACGAAGCCCACGCACGGUGCUGGGGACGAGACGAAGCCCACGCACGGUGCUGGGGACGAGACGAAGCCCACGCACGGUGCUGGGGACGAGACGAAGCCCACGCACGGUGCUGGGGACGAGACGAAGCCCACGCACGGCCCACGCUGGGGACGAGACGAAGCCCACGCACGGUGCUGGGGACGAGACGAAGCCCACGCACGGUGCUGGGGACGAGACGAAGCCCACGCACGGUGCUGGGGACGAGACGAAGCCCACGCACGGUGCUGGGGACGAGACGAAGCCCACGCACGGUGCUGGGGACGAGACGAAGCCCACGCACGGUGCUGGGGACGAGACGAAGCCCACGCACGGUGCUGGGGACGAGACGAAGCCCACGCACGGUGCUGGGGACGAGACGAAGCCCACGCACGGUGCUGGGGACGAGACGAAGCCCACGCACGGUGCUGGGGACGAGACGAAGCCCACGCACGGUGCUGGGGACGAGACGAAGCCCACGCACGGUGCUGGGGACGAGACCAAGACAACUAGAAUCAUGACUAGGAAGCCAUCUGAGGAGACUGGAACCAGUGCUAGGGAGGCCCCUUCAUCAGUUGUCUGCAGAGCUUCCAGUAUGGUGGUGGAGCUGCCUAAGGAACCUUUAAAACAUGUCCUGUUUCUAGAUAAAUCCAACAAGUGGGUAGCUGUCAUUGAUGCUCCCAAGUGCUGCAAUUACACCUUGUUGCAGGGAAGUGGAAGGACGUUCUUCAUAACCCCCUACACGGCCUGUGAUGUCAGGAUACUGUCUAAAAACUAUGUUUUGAAAAUAUGGUAUCAGACAACUGGUGGAGAAAAAGGGCAUGUGGUGAUGAAAUGUCCCACCAGUGCUGGAGAACCAACAAAAGCCCCUACACCUACAACCACCACUAGGAAGCCAACAGAACCAGUGCCUAUUGCAACUACUAUCUGCAGAACCUCUACCAUGAUGGUGGUGCUCCCUCUGGGACCCCUGGAAGAAGUCUUACUAACAGAUCAGUCCAAUAAUCUGGUUCCUGUCAAAGAUGCCCCCAAGCACUGCAACUAUAGUCUGGUAGAGGGAGAAGGAAGGAACAUCUUCAUAACGCCCUACACCACCUGUGAUGUUAAAAUAUUGAAUAAGAAUUAUGUCCUGAACCUAUACUAUACCACCACUGAGGGGGUAUUUGUCUAUGUGGGUAUGAAAUGUCCAACCAGUACUGGAGAACCAUCAGAAACUCCUCCCCCCACAACCACUAAACACUCCUGCAAGGUCUCGCACAUGGCCAUAGAGCUGCCUGGGUCUGCAACAGAACUUAAAAUAAUAGAUAAUGCCAAAAAGCUGGUCCCUGUUAGUGAGGCUCGGAGUUGGUGUGGAUACAGUUUGGUGCAGGAAAAGGGAAAGUAUAUCUUCACGGCUCCUUACACGGCCUGUAUCAAGAUGCUGAAUAAAUAUGUCCUGACUUUAAUAUACAUAACAUCUAAUGGGGAACAAGAGUUGGUCCAGAUGGAAUGCCCAGCUAGUGCUGGAGAUCCAACGGAGGCCCCUACUUCAACAACUAGGAAGCCAACCAAGGCCCCUGCAACUGUGGUCUGCACAGCUUUCCGUAUGGUGGUGGAACUACCCAAGGAACCUCUAAAACAUGUCAUGUUUCUAGAUAAAUCCAACAAGUGGGUAGCUGUCACUGAUGCUCCCAAGUACUGCAAUUACACCUUGUUGCAGGGAAAUGGAAGGACCUUCUUCAUAACCCCAUACACAGCCUGUGAUGUCAGGAUACUGAAUAAAAACUAUGUUUUGAAAAUUUGGUAUCAGACAACUGGUGGAGAAAAAGGGCAUGUGGUGAUGAAAUGUCCCACCAGUGCUGGAGAACCAACAAAAGCCCCUACACCUACAACCACCACUAGGAAGCCAACAGAACCAGUGCCUAUUGCAACUACUAUCUGCAGAACCUCUACCAUGAUGGUGGUGCUCCCUCUGGGACCCCUGGAAGAAGUCUUACUAACAGAUCAGUCCAAUAAUCUGGUUCCUGUCAAAGAUGCCCCCAAGCACUGCAACUAUAGUCUGGUAGAGGGAGAAGGAAGGAACAUCUUCAUAACGCCCUACACCACCUGUGAUGUUAAAAUAUUGAAUAAGAAUUAUGUCCUGAACCUAUACUAUACCACCACUGAGGGGGUAUUUGUCUAUGUGGGUAUGAAAUGUCCAACCAGUACUGGAGAACCAUCAGAAACUCCUCCCCCCACAACCACUAAACACUCCUGCAAGGUCUCGCACAUGGCCAUAGAGCUGCCUGGGUCUGCAACAGAACUUAAAAUAAUAGAUAAUGCCAAAAAGCUGGUCCCUGUUAGUGAGGCUCGGAGUUGGUGUGGAUACAGUUUGGUGCAGGAAAAGGGAAAGUAUAUCUUCACGGCUCCUUACACGGCCUGUAUCAAGAUGCUGAAUAAAUAUGUCCUGACUUUAAUAUACAUAACAUCUAAUGGGGAACAAGAGUUGGUCCAGAUGGAAUGCCCAGCUAGUGCUGGAGAUCCAACGGAGGCCCCUACUUCAACAACUAGGAAGCCAACCAAGGCCCCUGCAACUGUGGUCUGCACAGCUUUCCGUAUGGUGGUGGAACUACCCAAGGAACCUCUAAAACAUGUCAUGUUUCUAGAUAAAUCCAACAAGUGGGUAGCUGUCACUGAUGCUCCCAAGUACUGCAAUUACACCUUGUUGCAGGGAAAUGGAAGGACCUUCUUCAUAACCCCAUACACAGCCUGUGAUGUCAGGAUACUGACAACUGGUGGAGAAAAAGGGCAUGUGGUGAUGAAAUGUCCCACCAGUGCUGGAGAACCAACAAAAGCCCCUACACCUACAACCACCACUAGGAAGCCAACAGAACCAGUGCCUAUUGCAACUACUAUCUGCAGAACCUCUACCAUGAUGGUGGUGCUCCCUCUGGGACCCCUGGAAGAAGUCUUACUAACAGAUCAGUCCAAUAAUCUGGUUCCUGUCAAAGAUGCCCCCAAGCACUGCAACUAUAGUCUGGUAGAGGGAGAAGGAAGGAACAUCUUCAUAACGCCCUACACCACCUGUGAUGUUAAAAUAUUGAAUAAGAAUUAUGUCCUGAACCUAUACUAUACCACCACUGAGGGGGUAUUUGUCUAUGUGGGUAUGAAAUGUCCAACCAGUACUGGAGAACCAUCAGAAACUCCUCCCCCCACAACCACUAAACACUCCUGCAAGGUCUCGCACAUGGCCAUAGAGCUGCCUGGGUCUGCAACAGAACUUAAAAUAAUAGAUAAUGCCAAAAAGCUGGUCCCUGUUAGUGAGGCUCGGAGUUGGUGUGGAUACAGUUUGGUGCAGGAAAAGGGAAAGUAUAUCUUCACGGCUCCUUACACGGCCUGUAUCAAGAUGCUGAAUAAAUAUGUCCUGACUUUAAUAUACAUAACAUCUAAUGGGGAACAAGAGUUGGUCCAGAUGGAAUGCCCAGCUAGUGCUGGAGAUCCAACGGAGGCCCCUACUUCAACAACUAGGAAGCCAACCAAGGCCCCUGCAACUGUGGUCUGCACAGCUUUCCGUAUGGUGGUGGAACUACCCAAGGAACCUCUAAAACAUGUCAUGUUUCUAGAUAAAUCCAACAAGUGGGUAGCUGUCACUGAUGCUCCCAAGUACUGCAAUUACACCUUGUUGCAGGGAAAUGGAAGGACCUUCUUCAUAACCCCAUACACAGCCUGUGAUGUCAGGAUACUGAAUAAAAACUAUGUUUUGAAAAUUUGGUAUCAGACAACUGGUGGAGAAAAAGGGCAUGUGGUGAUGAAAUGUCCCACCAGUGCUGGAGAACCAACAAAAGCCCCUACACCUACAACCACCACUAGGAAGCCAACAGAACCAGUGCCUAUUGCAACUACUAUCUGCAGAUCCUCUACCAUGAUGGUGGUGCUCCCUCCAGGCCCCCUGGAAGAAGUCUUACUAAUAGAUCAAUCUAAUAGUCUGGUUCCUGUUAAAGAUGCCCCUAAGUACUGCAACUAUAGUCUGGUAGAGGGUGAAGGACGGAACAUUUUCGAAACCCCCUACACAACCUGUAAUGUUAAAAUACUGAAAAAGAAUUAUGCCCUGACCCUACACUAUACCACCACUGAGGGGGUAUUUGGAUAUGUGGGCAUGAAAUGUCCAACCAGCGCAGCCCUACCAACAGGCUCACCGCGCCCUCCCUUUGGGGUUUCUGUCCUCUGCAGUGAUACUUGCAUGACAGUGGAGCUUCCUGAGGGACUUCUAGAAGAGGUUAAAUUAAUGGAUGAAUCCAGUAACUUGGUAGCUGUUUCCAGUGCUCCCAAGACUUGUGGCUACAAUUUGGUGAGGGAAAAUGGCAAGAACAUCUUGACUGCUCCUUACAAGGCCUGUAAUGUCAAGAUACUGAACAACUUCUAUAUCCUGAAAGUGAUUUACACAAGUCUUACUGGGGAGCGAGGAGAUAUAGAGGCUAAGUGUCCUGUUCCUGGUCUAGUACCACGUGAGGGGUGCAAGCUACCAAUAAAUCAGCAGGUUGCUUGUGGUCCACCAAAUGUUGAUCCACAGCUGUGUGUGGCCAAUGGAUGUUGUGUGGAUGCAAGAACUUCCCAGUGUUACUAUCCUAUGGAUGCAUGCACAGCAGAUGGGCAUUUUGUAUUUGCAGUUUACCGCACCUCGGCCAAGCCAGAUAUAGAUCCUGGUAGUCUAGUAAUUGCUGGAAACCAAUCCUGUGCCCCUGUAAUCUGCACUCCAGACUUUGCUAUCUUCAAAUUCCCAGUGACUGACUGUGGGACACAUGUCUUUAUGGUGGCAGAGACUACAGUCUAUCUUGCUGAAGUUCAUGGCUUGGUUCAAGGGACCGGGCAGGUGUUUGGAGAAAUUACCAGAGACAACUCUUACCGUUUCCAGGUGGAAUGUCGCUAUUCUAAAGGAAACUUGGCCAGCACUGGUUACUUGGUGGUGAACCCACCGCCUCCAUCAGCAGCCUUGGCUUUUGGAUCCCUUGGGGUUAGGUUAAGAAUUGCCACAGAUGCCAGCUACACAACUUUCCACCCAUUGUCCCAUUUGCCAAUCAGAUUCUUGCUUGGAAGCAAGGUGCAUCUGGAAGUGCAGCUUGUAAACCCCCCUGAAUCCAAUGUAGUUCUGCUGGUCCACUACUGCAUCGCCUAUCCCCAGCCUUCUCAAGCUGCCUGGGUGAUCCUCUAUGAAGGUUGCCCCAGCAUCCUGGAUUAUAGCAGUGCUGCUGGCCUCCAUGUCAAAUACAAUAACAUGCCUGUAUCCAAGCACACUCGACGCUUUGAAAUAGAAAUCUUCCAGUUCCUGGACUACAAGACCAAGCAGCGUUUGGAUGAGGAAAUCUAUUUUAUGUGUUCAACUGAAGUGUGUUCCCCAGAACGCAGUGUUUGUAAUGAAGGAUGCUUUGAUGGGAGAGAGAUGCCUGUUCCAGUAGAUCUUGGUGUGGGAGGGCGCUGUGCAGGAAAGCCCUGUCCUGGGAAAUCAAACGUAGAUAAGCGAGCUGCUCCUGGUCAUACCGGCUUCGUCGCUGUCAGUGAAGGAACCUUCACUUUGGAUGAGAAUGUGUCCUGUGAACAAAUGGAGAAGCACUGGACCCACUUCCAUGGUCUCCUGGGGCUGCUUGGUUUGCUGCUCCUGGUAUCUCUUGUAAUGCUCUUCCUCAAAAGGGUCGUCUAGAAAAUUGUCAGAUCCUAGAGAAGCAGUCGAACUUGAAUAAACCUGUACCUUUUUUUUUAUAAAUUGUCUUGUGUCAUU